CACUCAAAAUGGGACAAAUAAUUUUUAUUCUUAAGAAUCUAGAGUAAAAACAUAAACAUCAUUAUUAAUCACUAAUUAAUUACACAAGCAUGGCAUUUUCGUAAAUGUCCACAAAUGCAAUGCCAUUCUUUGAGAACCAACUCUACUUAACAACAAAUUGCCACCCGCUCUUGUCCCAAGUAUCAUGCUUAUAUAGGAGUGUUAACAAAUCACAAUAGAGAAAGAUAGUCAGAAUAGCCAAAAGAGAAUAAAAACAAGAGCAACAUCUAGCUACAACAACAACAACAAUGGCUAACUCAACCUCUUUUAUCAUGGCCUUCUACAUGUUACUGAUCACAACCCUGAUUAUGAUCUCCUCCACCAACGCAAGCUUGGACCACAGCUUGAGCUGGGUGCCAAGGAAAAACUCAAACCACUGCCAAGGUUCCAUUGCUGAGUGCAUUGCUGAUGGCAAUGAAUUUGACAUGGACUCUGAGAUCAACAGGCGCAUCUUGGCAACCACUCAGUACAUAAGCUAUGGAGCACUGCAAAGGAACACUGUGCCAUGCUCUCAAAAAGGUGCCUCCUACUACAACUGCAAGGCUGGUGCUGAGGCUAACCCCUAUAACCGUGGUUGCAGUGCCAUCACUCGAUGCCGUAGUUGAAGCUUUUGUUUGUUUGUUUUUGUUCUUUAAUUUUCUGCAGGUUUGGUUUCUACUUAUUUGUAAUAUAAGUUUGUAAUAAAAUGGAGGAUUUAGUUAGAAGGGUUCUAGUUCCUCUCUGUUAUUGUAGGGUGUCAUAUUCAUGUCUUAUAAGUUUUACUUCUUAACAGAACUAUAUAGAACGAUGAUUAUAUAUUACUGUUA